CCCACCACUCUUCUCAUGCAUUCCUCCACCACAGCCGCAACCUCACCGACUCACAGUUCAGCAAUGGCUUCCAUGACCUCCAUCCUCUUGCGCUGCUCACUCCUAGUUCUCCUCCUUGUCCAGUCCACACACUCCUCCGUCACCCCGCAGCCCAAGGACGCCAUUGCCGAGGAGCACAAGCAGCCUCAUCCUUCCAGCUCGAGCACCUACGUCGUCCUCACCAACCACCUCGCCAAGCCGUCCAAGUUCGACACCCUCGAGCGCUGGUACGCGUCCAUGGUGGGCAAGAACUCCAACCGCAUCCGCCACACCUACAGCACCGUCAUGCACGGUUUUGCGGUUCGUCUCACGGACGGCGAGGCCCAGCGCAUGGCGACCGUCCCCGGCGUGUCCCGCGUGUACAAGGACAGGGUGUACCACACCCAGACCACAAGGUCGCCGUGGUUCAUGGGCCUCCACGACGACUUCGGCGCGUGGCCAGACGCGGAGUUCGGCGACGGCGUCAUCAUCGGCUUCGUCGACACCGGCAUCUGGCCGGAGCGCGCUAGCUUCAACGACGCCGGGCUCAGCCCCGUCAGGUCCACCUGGAGGGGCAAGUGCGUGGACGCCCCGGGGUUCAACGCCAGCUUGUGCAACAACAAGCUCGUCGGCGCCAAGUCCUUCGUCGCCUUUUCGAGCCCGAGGGACAUCGUGGGGCACGGAACGCACGUGGCGUCAACGGCGGCAGGCUCCGAGGUCUCCUCGGCCGAUCUCUUCAAGUUCGCGGGCGGCAGAGCGAGCGGCGUGGCCCGCAUGGCAAGGAUCGCCAUGUACAAGGCGUGCAACCGAGGAUGCCUUACCUCGGACGUUGUCGCCGCGAUCGACGCCGCGGUGAGCGACGGCGUGGACCUCAUCUCCAUGUCCCUCGCAAGCCGUCCGGAACCCUUCUACGACGACCUCCUCGCCGUCGCCACGUUCGGCGCUGAGCGCAGAGGCGUCUUCGUCGUCCUGGCGGGCGGCAACCAAGGCCCGGAAGCGUCAGUCAUAUCCAACGUGGCCCCGUGGAUGACCACCGUCGGCGCGGCCACCACGGACCGGGUGUUCCCGGCGACACUCUGGCUCGGCAACGGGGUGGUGCUCGCCGGGCAGUCCCUGUACAACAUCCCGUUCUCCCAGGGCGCGGGCAUGGUCCCGCUAGUGGGCAGCUCCUGCGGCAGCGAUGACCUGACGCCCGACAAGGUCAUGGGCAAGGUCGUGGUGUGCUCCGAUGGUGCAGGAGCUUCGGCCGGCUUUUACGUGCAGAGAGCCGGCGGAGCCGGGAUGGUUUCCGCCGAUGGUACGGAACGGUUCUGGGACUCGGUAAUGGCCCAACCCUUCAACCUUCCCGGUCUCCUGCUCAGCUCCACCGGCGCCAAGAAGCUGGACGAUUACAUGACGGCCGUAGCGUACCCGGUGGCGUCCUUCGCCUUCACCUGCGACACGGUCACCGGCGAGAACCGGGCGCCGAUGGUGGCGGGCUUCUCCUCGCGGGGGCCCAACCCGAUUGCCCCCGAGAUCCUGAAACCGGACGUCAUCGCGCCGGGAGUGAACAUCCUCGCCGCCUGGUCAGGUGCCGCCUCGCCAUCUCGCUCCGACAAGGACCCGCGGAGAGUGGAGUACAACAUCAUAUCGGGGACGUCCAUGGCGUGCCCGCACGUCGCCGGCGCGGCGGCCCUGAUCAAGAAACGGCACGGCGGCUGGACGCCGGCCAUGAUCCGUUCGGUGCUGAUGACGACCGCCGGCCCGCUCGACAAGGACGGCAGGGACAUCGUGGACAGCGGCAGUGCCGUCGGCGCCGCCAACAUGGGCGCGACGCCGCUGACGGCCGGGGCCGGGCUCGUGCUCCCGCGGCUCGCCAUGGACCCAGGCCUGGUGUACGACGCCGGCACGCAGGACUACGUCGACUUCCUCUGCACCCUCAACUACACGGUGGAGCAGAUGCGGCAGUUCGUCCCGGAGCUGACGAAGUGCGAGAGGACGAUCCCCGGCGGCGUGGCCAACCUCAACUACCCGUCGUUCGUGGUGGUGUUCGACGGCCGCACCAGCGUCCGCACGGUGACGCGGACGGUGACCAAGGUGUUGGCGCGGCCUGAGAGUUACAAUGUGACGGUCGCCGCGCCGGACGAUGUGAAGGUGACCGUUACGCCAGCGACUCUGGAGCUGAAGCGGCCCAAGGAGAAGAUGAGCUACACCGUGGAGUUCAGGGCCAUGGCCGGAGCGAAGGUGCGGCCGGCCGGCACAUGGGACUUCGGCCACAUCGCGUGGGAGAACAGGGAGCACCGGGUCAGGAGCCCCGUCGCCUUCAAGUGGGACAACUGAUGCCAUGUAAGCCGGCCGGAGUACGUGGCAGUAGAAUAUAAGAGUGAGUCUGAUACUCUGAUUGCCUAGCUCUGGGAGAGAGUAAUGUUGUGUGAGUUGAUCCGUCAUGAAGAAGAAGAACCAGCAUUUGAUUGUUUGCGAACUUGUGAUAAGGAGAAGGGAAUAACCAUCGGAAAAAAAAUGCUUCUUCUACUGUUCAA